CAUUGUUUGGUGCCGGCUGAUGGGCAGAUGCCCGGAACUCUCGACCAAUCAAUCUCCAUUUUUGCGCUAGAAACUUUUUAGACGACGGCAAGCUCUUUCUAUCAAUAGCUGUACAUACUAUACUUUUCAUAGGCGUGCGCAAUAAUUGCCAUUCUUUUUUUUCUUCUUUUUUGCGCACGGCAAUUCUCCUGCGGAGGAACCAAGAAAGAAGGACCAUUUAUUACUACGACGCUCCGAAAGGCAACGGUUAAUCCGCCUGUUAAAGUCAUCGAUCAUGGCCGCCCUCCAGCAGCUACGAAUAGCCUCAUUCUUCCCCUCCCUCUUCCCGAGGAUAGCAUCGACAAGCUUCCAGUCCUCUUUCCGAUCAACGGCUCUAUAUACACAAUAUGCGCAGGAGUCGAGACUACCGUCAGUGACCGAGCUUGCUAUCGCCAUCCCCGCUGCCAUCUCAAAUAUACCGUCUCUGCUGGGUGACAUAUGGGAAGGUAUACUUCGAGCAGUGCCUAAGAAAAAGACAUCACACAUGAAGAAGAGGCAUCGGCAGAUGGCAGGAAAGGCUCUGAAGGAUGUCACAUCAUUAAACAAGUGCCCAGCCUGCGGAGGAGUAAAAAAGAUGCAUACUUUAUGCUCCGAUUGCAUGGGCCGUCUCGGCGGCAUGCUUGAACGGGAUUUCAAGCAAAAGGCAUAAUACAGAUCAGGCAUGAAACUAGAACUCAUGCGUAUCACUGGCGUUCUGGUAUAAGGGUAAAGGAUUCUACAAUAAAUACCUAGGCACCUAUUGAUUGUGAAAGACGUGUACAAUGAAACCACGAUUCUACGAAGUUACGUCUUACCUGUCUAUUAAGUGCAUGUCUGUAAUUAGUAGCGCUACCGCUACCGGACUUAGGUUCACUUUUGCUAUGGUUACGAAGUCAAAUGUUAAGUGAAGCUGCUGUAAAUUCAGGUCUAUACAAUCAUGUAUCAGGAUAGAAUAUGUACCUACCAGGUACAUGUCUUAAAUACAUACAUGUAUGUAUCUAGCCUACACGUAUACACAGUACCUAAUCGACCUUAUGUACUCUGUGCUGGACUUGAUGAAACAGA